UACAGAACAUUCUAAAGUGUGAGGUCGGUCCUGACAACCCCCCCCUUUUUUUUAGUCUCGAGUCCAUAAACAAAACAUCAAAACAUUCCUACUUAGAAUCCUGUUGCUUUCGCUCCCGCUUUCACUAGCGACAACUAUACACCGUACUUUUCUUUCCUUAACUAGAUCGAAUUACCUUGCUUAAAAGUCGCAAGAUGGCCGCAAAUUCUACAGUCUUCUCCCUCGAGGGGAAGGGCCUAAAGCUGGACACCGCUGAGGAUCUGGAGGCUCACAUCGGCCCCCUGCGAGACAUGCAAAAUAUUGAAGAAGUGCGCGUCCUCGGCAACACCCUCGGCAUAGGUGCUUGCAAGCUUCUCGGCGAAGUCUUAGCUACCAAAAAGACGCUCAAGGUCGCCAACCUAGCCGAUAUAUUUACAGGACGUCUAUUGAAUGAAAUACCCGAAGCGCUCUCAUACUUGCUCACUUCGAUCGUUAACCUCCCUAAUCUACGAACCAUCAACCUAAAUGACAAUGCUUUCGGCCUCAACACACAGGAACCCUUGAUUGAGUUCCUGGCCAGCCAUGUUCCGCUACAGCACCUAUACCUCAACAACAACGGGCUAGGUCCCCACGCCGGCAUCAACAUCGCUAACGCUCUCACAAAACUCCAUGCGAAAAAAGAAGAGGCCAGGAAAGCUGGACAGGAUGUCCCCAACCUAGAGACAGUAAUCUGUGGCCGUAACCGCCUGGAGAAUGGAAGCAUGACGGCCUGGGCUGAGACCUUCCGUCUCCAUAAUAAGGUUAAAGAGAUCAAGAUGGUCCAAAACGGUAUUCGACAGGAAGGAAUCUCACACCUGCUGAGCGAGGGUCUGAACCAUACCACCGACCUGGAGGUUCUGGAUUUGCAGGACAACACCUUCACCAUAAUGGGUGCUAAGGCCCUUGCCAAGGUCGUCCCAUCCUGGGCGAACAUCCUCGAACUCGGCAUUGGCGACUCGCUUCUCGGUGCCAAAGGUGCAGUCUUGUUAGCCGACGCUCUGUCCAAAGGCCAGAACCAGAAGCUUCAGACCCUUCGCCUCCAAUACAACGAUAUAACUGCAGCAGGUGUCAAGGCCUUGUCGACCGCAGCCAAGGCGAAUCUCCCCGCAUUGAGGAGAAUCGAGCUGAACGGGAACAAGUUUUCUGAGGCUGAUGAGUCGAUUGACGCUCUGGAGACGCUCUUAAGCAAGCGUAAAGAGGAAUUUGGCGACGACGUUGUGGAUGAGGAUGCCUGGGGCGUGGAUAGCCUUAGUGAUUUGGAGGACGACUCAGAUGAAGAAGAAGAAGAGGAGGAGGAGGAGGAGGAAGAGAUAAGUAAGGAGGAGAGGGCCGAGAAACUCAUAAAGGACGCAGAGGAAGCUCAGGAGGAGCCCACAGUGCAGCUGAAAGACCGGGACGUCGAUGACUUGGCAAGCAAGCUUCAGAAGACUAGCAUCUAGAAUGAUGCGAGAACACGUAAACGAUACCCCAUAGAUUCAACUCGGUAGCUGAAUGCGAAGUGAAAUAUCCCAAUCAUAGAAAGACCUGCAGUGUUGUUCUAAGCUUCAUUGUGGUAGAUAGUAUUAUAUCUAGCGUCACUGCUUAUUAUGUUAA